UCACAUGUUUGGAUUUUAUAUUUCUGAGACACAGACAAGAAUCGUACUAGUGGUUGCAGAAAGUCACUAAAAACUAACACGUUGUUGUAGACUGGUUGUAGUGUGGUACAGACAGACAAUGAGACAAGACUUUACAUACAUAUGAAAUUGUUGAAAUUAAGCACACACACAGUGAGAGAGAGAGAGAGAGUCAGAGAUUCGAAUUGUAAUCUUAAGAAAAGAGAGCAGAAAUUAAGAAGACUUAAGGAGUAAGUAACGAUGGGUGAAGAAGAAGGGGUGACGUUAGAGUACACACCGACGUGGGUGGUUGCAGGCGUGUGCACUGUGAUUGUCGCCAUUUCUCUUGCCGCCGAACGUGUCCUUCAUUACACAGGCGUAACUUUGAAAAGGAAGCACCAGAAACCCCUUUUUGAGGCUUUGCAGAAAGUUAAAGAAGAGUUAAUGCUUUUGGGGUUCAUAUCGUUGCUUCUGACGGUGUUCCAGAAUGUGAUUAAUAAAAUCUGUGUCCCCGCCGACGUGACACGUCACAUGCUUCCUUGUAAACUCGAGAAAGGACAUGAAUUUGAGAAAUCAGCCACGUGUAGCAAGAAUAAGGUACCAUUAUUAUCAACUGAAGCGUUGCAUCAUCUGCAUAUCUUUAUCUUCGUCCUGGCCAUCGUCCAUGUGACCUUCUGUGUUCUCACUGUUGUUUUUGGAGGAUUAAGGAUUCGCCAAUGGAAACGUUGGGAGGAUGAAAUUGCCAAAAAUAAUUAUGAUUCUCGGAAUGUUCCGAAAUCAAAAACAGUUACCGAUGUCCAUCAACAUGCAUUUAUCAAGGAACAUUUUCAGGGUCUUGGUAAAAACUCAGUUCUUUUGGGUUGGUUGUAUUCUUUUGUAAAGCAAUUUUAUGGAUCCGUGACUAAAUCAGACUACACAACACUACGACUAGGUUUUAUCAUGACCCACUGCAGAAGCAAUCCCAAGUUUAAUUUUCACAAAUACAUGAUACGGGCCCUUGAAGAUGAUUUUAAGAAAGUCGUUGGUAUAAGUUGGUAUCUUUGGAUAUUUGUAGUCAUCUUCUUGUUGCUUAAUGUAAACGGUUGGCAUACGUAUUUCUGGAUAGCAUUCCUUCCUUUCGUUCUUCUACUUGCUGUGGGGACUAAGCUGGAGCAUGUAAUUUCCCAGUUGGCUAAUGAUGUUGCUGAGAAACAUGUAGCCAUAGAAGGUGAAUUGGUAGUUCAACCAUCUGAUGAGCACUUUUGGCUUGGUCGGCCCCGCAUCGUCCUCUUCUUGAUCCAUUUUAUCCUUUUCCAGAAUUCUUUUGAGAUUGCAUUUUUUUUCUGGAUAUGGGUUCAAUAUGGCUUCGACUCUUGCAUAAUGGGACAAGUCCGUUAUAUUGUCCCAAGGCUCAUUAUUGGGGUCUUCAUUCAGGUCCUCUGUAGUUCCAGCACCCUGCCACUUUAUGCAAUAGUCACACAGAUGGGAACUUCUUACAAGAAGGCAAUAUUUGAUGAGCAUGUGCAAGUGGGCCUCGUUGGUUGGGCUCAGAAGGCAAAGAAAAAGAAGGGUUUUAGGGCAGCUGGCAAUGGCUCUGGCCAGGGAAGUUCCCAUGAAUCUACCUCAACGGGAAUUCAGCUAGGAUCUGCUUUUCGCAAAGCAUCUACGCCGGAGGAGAUUCAGCCUGCAUCUGUUUCUGAAAAUUCAAAAUGACUGAUGCCAUUUCUUAACUAAGACAGGAUGGAGGUCUACAUCUUUCAUCUAAGUAUGGUCAUUUCUGUAGAUUUAUAUAUACAGGUGAUAGCGAUAGUUAUGUCACCCUUGCUUUGGGGCUGGAAGAGCUUGGGGUGAAACUUAUGUCAUUUUGAAUUUCUCUUAGGCUUAAAAUGACUAGUUAAUUGAUGCGUACAUAUUUUUGAA